UUGUCUUUUCCAAUCAACAGGUGGCACCACAGUCUUGGUAAAAGUCACUCGCUUGUUUCAUUUGAAAAAAUGUUCUUGUUUUUGUUGUUAUUCUUUCAUCUAAACUGGUUGUGUUGAGAUGAGCUGUAAUAUUGCCACCCUUUUGGAGGCUGCUGAAUACCUGGAGAGACGUGAAAGAGAAGCGGAACAUGGCUACGCGACAACUGUACCACCUAAAUAUGAUCUCAAAAGUAAUUCUAAUAAGUUAUCUAAAUUAAAAAAAUCUCAAGGCAAUAGAUCGACUCAUAAUGAAUUGGAGAAAAAUAGACGUGCACACCUGCGAAGCUGUUUGGAAUCCUUAAAAAUCCUGGUUCCUUUAGGACCUGAGGCAACUCGCCACACAACACUUGGACUUUUAAAUAGAGCUAAAGCCUUCAUUAAGAAUUUGGAGGAGAAAGACAAGAAACAACAAUUCCAAAGGGAACAAUUGGUUCGGGAACAGCGAUACCUUUUACGGCGUCUAGAUCAACUUCAAGAGCAUCUACGGAACAGUACAAGCACGCACAGAAUACGAAGUAUUAGUGAAUCCAGUUCGGGUAUUUCUUCCGCUUCCAAUUCACCAACUUCUGAAGUAGAAAAACUGUCGUAUUUUUGUCAAGACUGAUGAUGAAUAAGGAAAACUAUCCAUAGUGAUAGCAGUUGAGGAUUUUAAAAAAGUAUAAAUUAACAAAAAUAUGUAUUAAUAUAUAAUAUAUAAUAUAAACGCAACCUCCAACAAAACAAAAACAACACCAGCUACAAACAAAAAAGGAGCAUGAAACCAACAUCAUCAACAGCAGUAAAAACAACAACAACAACAACAACAAGUACUACUGCUAAAAAAAGCAAAUAUCAAGUCAACAACAACAACAGAAAUAACUUUGACAGGACAAGUCCAAGAGAAAUGGUUUUACAGUUUUCUUCGUCAUCUUUUCUCCUUUAUUAUUAUCUGCAUCUUUUUCCCCUUAUCUCUCUUUUUUCUACCUACUCUACCUGCCUACCUUCAAAUCUCUCUCCAUCUCCUCUCCCUCUUCCUCCCUCUCUUUCUCUCUCUUGCUUUCUUCUUCCUCUCUUGAUGGAAAUAAAAAAAAGGUAUCAAGGAUGCCCUCAGCAAAAAUUAUACAACCACAACACCAUCAACAUCAACAUCACCAACAAUUUAAAUACAACAACCAUGAGUGCAUAUGCUGUUGCAGCAAAAAACAACAACAACUAUAACAAUUGAAGUGUUUAACAUCAUCAUCACAUGAAAAGAGGGAUUACGAGAAAUGAUAUGGAUUAUUAAGAAAAAAAUUGUUUUUAAAGAAAAAAAAAUCUUCACGACAACAUCAACUUCAACUCUACAAACUAAUCACUUAAUUUUAACAAAGAGAAACAACAACAAAAAAUAUUCUGAAGACAUGGAAAAAGAAGAUAGAGGAAAGAAGAAAAAGAAAACAUCAAAAAGAGAAACUCUUACAAAAGGAGCAAAAGAAGGAGAGUGAUGAGAAGUAGUGAGAAAUUUAUUUACUUCUCCCUGUGACUUAUUUCUACAUUGAGGAAAAAAACCACAACAACAACAACAAUUAUCGACGUUUCAUCAUUUGUGGUUUAAAUUAUUCUGUUUUUCUCUUCAACUUCUCACCCACAACAAACAAAAAAUCAAAAAGAACAGUCAAAGUCAACAUUAUAUGUAAAUGAUUUAAUCAUCAUCCAGUCAAUUUAUUAAUUAAUUUUAUGAGAAGAUUUUAUCUCUCUCUCUCUCUAUAUUCUACUCUCUCCCUGAUUAAUCCUGAUUUUUUAUUGAUGGUGAUAGCGAAGAAAACAAGAAUGAUGGUUUACAAUAAUAUAUUACAGCUUUUAAAUUGACUAAUCCACAUCAUCAAUUAGCACAUGUCAAAUUAAUCUAUACCACUACUAUUACUACUACAAUUAGCACACACAAACAAACACAUGAUACACAAUCAUAACCCACUAAAAUCCAUGCACAAAAACACAAGGAAAAAUAUAAAUCCAACAAAAAAAAUUUCAUCAAGUCAACAUUCAGCUAUAAACAAAAGAAGACAAAAAGGAAAAAAUUCUGAUGAAAAACAACAAAAAAAUAUAUAAUAAUACUUAUAUUUAAUCUCACUGUUCUAUUCAUCUUAUUCUCAUCUUAGGAAAAGUUUUUCCUGCUUUCAUCGCUUUGUCUGGUUAACUAGGAACCAAUUCUGUUCAUCUCUUCAUCACCUUUACCAUCAUUAUCAAGUCUCGUUUUUAUUUUGUGUUGUGUUUUCUUCACCACUACAAUCAUCAGUAUCCAUCACCACCUACAACAACAAUCAACAUCAUCAUCUUAGUAACAACUUUAAACAACAUCAACAACAUGGAUUAACUUGAACAUUUUACCAAGAAGAACGUCGAUGUUUUCUCCUUCUUUUUUCGCAAUAUGCAAAAUAUCAUUUUCUAUCACACUUUCUCUCUCUCACUCUCUCUAUCUCUGUGCUAUAUCUUUUAUUAUUCUCUCUCUCUCUCUUUCUCUCUCUAUUUCUUUCUCCUGCUUCUUACUCUCACUUACUAAUUUCUUCUUCUUCUUCUCUCUCCCUCUUUCUAUCUGUGUCUCUAUCAUCUUAUGUUAAGUUUAUGCCAAGAUCAUUGUAAUUAUGUGUACUUUUCUCUCUCGUUUAGAAGCAAAAACGAAAAAAAAUCAAUUAAAUCCUUCGUUCCGAUCAACAUGAGAAACUUAGGACAACACCCACAAUCAA